AUGAAAUUUAUUUUGAUGAUGAAAAAUACCCUUAAGAUCUUGAAUUUCAACUUUAAUAAUGCUAAUUUAAGAACCUAUUAAAACUCAAUUAACUCGUCCAAUAACCUUAAUAUUGAACCUACCAUUCACUCAUAUAAUGCCUAUAUUGGUAAAGGUAAUUAUGGACAACUUGUAUAGUGGAUUUAAAAAAAUGGUCAUCAUUAUUUGUUGAUAAAGGUAAAGAAUAAGAAAACUUUUUAUGGCAAUAGUUGAGGAAUAACUCUUAUCAAUUCGAUAAGUAAAUCAAAUUAAGAGAUCUUUUAAUAAGAUAGAGAGACCUAAGAAUAAUCAAAUUUAUUUGUUGA